AUUGACACAUAAAACAACUCGAUACCAGCAUAAAUUAAAAAAUAAAUUAUUAAAAAAAAAAGAAUUAAAAUCUGAAUUAUCUGAAGAAAGGCUAAUUUUAGCAAGCAAUGAAGAAGUUGAAGAUAUGAUAUUUUCUAAUGUAACCUCAAUUGACGAUGCAAUCUUGAUUGAUGAUGCAACCUCGACUGACAAUGCAACCUUGACUGAUGAUACAACCUCCAUUGACGAUUUGACAUCUAAUACAGAGUUUAACGAUAAUUCAAAUUUACCACGAAAAACACAUUGUAAAUACCUUCAACAAAUUCAAAAAUUAGAAAAUGCUAAUGCAUUAUCUAAAACCAAUAAAAAAAAAUUAGAAUUACAACUAGAAGCAACAACCAUAUCAGGAUUAUAUCAGCAAUCAAGUGACAUAUUUGAAAAUCAAGAAUCAAAUAAAUUCCCAUUAAAUAAUUACCCGGUCUGA